AGAGUACGCGGUUUAAACUAAUUUUAUGAAGAAACGUGCGAACACGAACCCAGGCCUUUCUUAAGUCUACGAGGUAAUAGAGUAAACCAAAAUUUAACCGGUCUAACAUCGAAAAUGAUAGAUUUACGUGAUGAGAAUGUUAAAAGUACAAUAAACAGUGGAAGAUAUGGUAAUUUAAAUAUACCAGUUAAGUCGCAACAAGGAUUAGCACCACUUAGUCCAUAUUUAAACUUUGAUCCUGCGUAUCUUCCUCCAAGUCAGCCAGAAUACAUAUUUCCUGAGGGAGCUGUAAAACGAAGAGGAAGAUUUGAAUUGGCUUUCACUCACAUUGGUGCAGCAUGUAUCACAGGAGCUGGUAUUGGCGGUGCAACUGGUUUAUAUAGAGGAAUUAAAGCAACAUCAUUAGCUGAUCAAACUGGCAAGCUUAGAAGAACUCAAUUAAUCAACCAUGUUAUGAAAAGUGGUUCGUCGUUAGCAAACACGUUUGGAAUAGUGUCUGUAAUGUAUAGUGGAUUUGGUGUGCUGUUAUCUUGGGCCAGAGGUACGGAUGAUUCCUUGAAUACUUUAGCAGCAGCAACUGGGACAGGCAUGUUAUUCAAAUCUACAUCUGGCUUGAAAAAAUGUGCAUUAGGUGGUUGUGUAGGACUGGCAAUAGCAUCUGUAUAUUGCUUAUGGAAUAAUCGGGAAGCCUUACAGGAAUUGAGGCACCGCAACGUAAAUCCGGCGUAAGACUAUCUAAAUGAACUAUGAGGAAGAAGAUUUUGAGCUACUAGAAAUUUGCACAACGAAAAUGAUUUGUUUGUACAUAGAGAAAAUCAUGUUGGACAAUUUUAUAGAAUAUAAACAGUUUAAUGAAA